CGCAGGUUCUAAUCCAGGGGCGGUAGCCUAGAUUUUAACUAGACAGCCGCCUAGUCCUUUCAGCAGCAGCUUUAUCGCAUGAGGAAAGGGUACUAAAGAGUAGCGCAAUACUUUGACUUUAUUUGAGAAUACAGCCUAAUCAUCUUGUUCAUCUACUUUUGAACCAAGUAAACUACAAGGCAUAACUUCAAAGAAUGACGGAGACCCGUGAGUCACCCUCGCGUGGCCGCAAAGGCAGUCGUGGUCGUUCUCCUGGCGGCAAAGUUGGAUCGCGUCGUGUCUCUGCCUCACCAAGCAAGAACCCUCGGACAUCGACGAACAAGCAACUCCCCUCUGAUAUUGUCGCUCCCAGCAGUCGUAGUUCUGGUGCUUUUACUUCAUCAGGAUCAGUAGUACAACGACGUCAAGCUACUCUAGUCCAGUCAUCCGCUGCAGCUGUGUCUUAUAUCGUGGUGUCGAUGUUGAUGACAUUGCUGAACAAGCAGAUCAUUUCGAAGGUCAAGUUUCCGGGUACGAACUUCUUGCUGUUUUGCGAAUGCCUCAUCGCCACAGUUCUGAUCUAUCCGACUCUCAAAAAAAAAAGAAUUAUGGCUUUCGAGGAAAGCGUAGCUUUUCGUUUGAUUCCACAUUCUCCAUUCUCCAAGCACCACGCAACAUUCAACCAAGCAACAAAUGCAAACUUUCUCCCACCCUCCCAUUCCUUGCUCAAAUCUUACAAGUCCUCAUUCCACACUCGGCCUACGACGGACAGCGGAGCUCACCAUCAGCAUGCGCCCUCGGUGAGCGUUCAGACGCGCUCGCGAUCUCUGUCCGUCUGAUAGGCUAGUCUGGAAUGCUGGCCGUCGGGCAAAAUAUUGCGUUCUCUAAGAUCGAAGGAGCUCCAAUGGACGUCUUGAAGCCUGCUCAUUUGCAGCAUUUGUUCCUUUGUACUGCGGCAAAAGCGGCUAACAUGUACUUCUCGUUUCUGAGUAUGAAGUACACCAGUUUGCCGGUCUACAACGUUUUGAAGCGGAUGAGUCCCUUGGUCGCUUUGGUCCUGGACAGCUUUGUACGGAGCAGAAGUUACCCGUUAUUGGCUAAAGUUGGCAUGCUUUGUGUCCUUGGCGGGGCGUUGGUCACGGGUUCUGGCGACUUGGAUUUCGACUUACUUGGUUACGCUUGUGCCCUUCUAGCGGUCAUUGGUCAGAGCAGUUACCUAGUUCUUUGUGCACGAGCUUUGGACAAAUUGCCUGGAUUGACGCACGUUGAUGUGCUGUGGUACACCGGAUUCUACAACAUGUUCUUGUUCUGCCCGAUGGCUGCUGGAGAAAUACGGGGAAUAUCGGAAUUCUGGUCAAAAACCGAGAUUCCGGGUCUGCAUUUGGCGGUGGUGUUUUUGCUGUAUGUGUUUCAGGUACUACUAACGUGUCUACUAAGUAGAGUUUCAACAUCAUUGAUUUGAUGAUGGUGCUGUACUACUUCCUUGUCUACUAAGUUAAGUUUCAUCAUGAUUGAUUUGAUGAUCAUGGUGCUGUGACAAGAGCACGAUCAUUCCUUUAUUUCACACAAAAAAUAUCCUAAGGGAACCCUCCUGAACUUCGUCACGUUCUGGCGUACGAGUGAAUGAGAAGUAAGUGGAGAGAUUUGAGAAAAUAGGAGCGUGCCCAAAUAUGGCACGACUCCAAUCAAUGAACUCCUACAAUGAUACCACUGAAGUCAUAGACUGGCCAACCUAAACGUGUGCAGGGCCGGCCUUUGAGUCAAGUGAUAAAAUCGCCACAAUCUUCCCGGGAUAUGUUACGAAGUAUUUAGUGUUCUCCUUAUACCGCAGAGAUGGCGAGAGUCCUCCAUUCUGUGACAAGAACGUGAUCAUUCCUUUAUUUCAUACAAAAAAUAUCCUAAGGGAACCCUCCUGAACUUCGUCACGUUCUGGUGCACUUCGGUGACGAGUCCGGUUACGACAGGCGUUUGCGGCAAUAUGAAAGCAUUGCUGACGAGCCUGGUGGGAGUCUUCCUGUUCAAGACGAACCUAUCACCUCUGGGUUGGGCUGGAUUUGCAUUGAAUUCUGCUGGAGGAUUCUUCUACUCGCUGUCACAGGCGAGGGCGAAAAUGGCCGCUAGUGCUAGAAGUGUAGCGAAAAAGAAGACACUUUAGACGACAAAUAGAAUUACCUACUGAAGAAUCACAUCGACAUCAACGACCACUAUAGAAGUGGUCCCACCACUGGACGGAUAGCACCUCCGCCAUUUUUCUCUUCUAAAUUUAGUUCUCCAUAUAAUUCUUCAUCAUGACAUAUGACGAUGCAGAACUCCCUGCAUCCAACUUGAUCUUCAUGAUUACAAUUUCAACGUGUUUAAGUACACGAAGGAAUGAGUCCGCCUGUACUAUUCCACAGGUGGCAGGUAGCGUGCUGCCAGGUGGAUAAUAUGCAGAUUAUAGCUGUGACAACGUACAUUCAGUGAGAGAGCGAAG